AUGCACUUGACACUCAUCAGUGCUUACGCCCCCACCGCGACCUACACUCUGGAGCAGAGAGAGUUGUUCUAUCAGAACCUCACCAAAGUACUACAAGAAGUUCCUAAAGACGACAAGCUGCUAAUACACGGGGACUUCAAUGCCCGUGUAGGCAGAGAUGCCCAGUCUUGGCCAGAUGUCAUCGGGCCACAUGGCAUCGGACAUGAGAAUACCAACCGUCAACUGCUACUCACCUUCUGCGCUGAACAGAAAUUCACCAUCACCAAUACCCUGUACCAACUGCCUGACAUCCACAAGGCUACCUGGAUGCACCCAAGGUCCAAGCAUUGGCACCUGAUCGACUAUGUGAUCAUCAGGCACCGUGACAUCCAGGAUGUUCGCAUCACUAGGGCAAUGAGGGGAGCUGACUACUGCACAGAUCACCUGCUGUUGAGGUGUAGACUGUCCUUUUCCAUUGCCAACAGACACAGACGCCAGAAAGCUGAUGCUAAAAAGAAACCGGGCGUCCAAAAACUCAAUGAACCAAAAACAAAAGAGACCCUCAUUGCCAACCUUGCGAACCAGCUUGAACAUCUGCCAGCAGAGGGAAACCUUGAGAAGGCCUGGGUCAACUUCCGGGAUGCAGUGUAUGACUCUGCCAGCUUUACCCUUGGCCAGACAAAACCGAAACACCAAGACUGGUUUGACAACAAGAAGGAGAUCACCACCCUCCUCCAGGAGAAGAAAGAAGCCUUCACAGCCUGGCUCAACGACAAAGACUGUCAAGCCAAGCACGACGCUUCAAGAACAUCAGAGGAAAGGUGUAGACUGAGCUGCGACAGAUGUAAGACAAGUGGUGGGAAAACAAAGCUGUAG